AUGUACACCGAGACGAAACUAGAGAAACUCGUAUACAAUCGAAAAAAGCCGAUCAUGGCCCUGAAGCGACGCCGUAUUGGAUUGGAUGACCUUCCUCAGCUCACCCGAUUACUCGGCUUAGGCUCGUUGAGUUUCAUUUCUGCGUGGAGUCGACGCCUCCGUCUGCUCCAACUUACCGCCGCGAUUUUUGGAUUUCGGCGGCUAUUCCAGUUAGGAGCACAUGCAACCAAGAUUUUGGUAAAAGCUCCAAGACUUGCACAAAGGUAUUCAUAUUCCCCUGUGGGACAUAAUCAGUGUCUUCGGGUCCUGAGACAUGACUUGUACAGCUGUGCGGCUGCUAAAGUGGACUCUGAUGACGAAAAUGAAACAAAUGAAAAAAUAAAAGUGGCAUUCGUUGACAAAGACGGGGAAGAGACACAUAUUAAGGUUCCAGUUGGAAUGUCGAUGCUAGAAGCUGCACAUGAGAAUGACAUAGAACUUGAAGGGGCAUGUGAAGGGUCACUUGCUUGUUCCACUUGUCAUGUUAUUGUGAUGUAUAGGUACAUUUUUGUUUUGCCUGCUGAUUGGCAAGCCGAAUAUUAUCGGAUCGUUUUUCGUCAAGUGCAUGUACUUCACUCGCUGCAUUUCUCACCCAAACCACAAUACACCACCGGAGGAGAAGAUGAAAGCGAUUGGCACCAGCUAUUGAAAAUUUAUCAUCCAUCGGAGUGUAGCGUCUUCCAACGCUCGCCGAGAUUUCGAUUUCAGGCGAUGAAAAUGAAAAUCAACAAAGCCGUCGAUCUAAGCUCCAUCUCCGUUCUUCCUCCUCAAUCGAGGAGGUCGAGUGUGGUCACUGGUGGGCUAGAGUCUUCUUCAACCUAUGGGAGACGGCAAACAGCACCACAGCUUCGGCCACAACAUUCACAGCUGACACUUUCACAGGGAGUUUCAUCUCAGCAUGGCAUCUUCUCUCAGUUUUCACAGAAUUCACAGGACGAAAUCCUUACGGCUGAGAAAUUUGGUUAUCAAGAAAGAGAGAAUUCAGUAAGGAGGUCAUCUUGCCAGCCUCCAGUCAGUCACACUAGAGAGGACAGUCAAAUGGCCUCUAGAACUUCCAAUAAUCUGAUGCACAGGUGGUCUGGUCAAGAAUACAAAAGUCAGAGUAGUGAAGAACUUGAGCACAGAAUUGGAGUGAUGGAAACGUCAUUAAGCAGGCUUCGUAUGCUUUUGGACACUGUUCAGAGUGACAUAAUCCAAGUAAACAGGUGUACAAAGGAAGUAUCAUUAGAACUGAAAGCUGUGGAGCAGAAACUUAAUGUCCAAGAUGACUCACUGCAAUUAAUGAGCAAAGGACAAGAAGACAUCAAAAUGUGCCUGGAUGUAGGCCUGCAAUCCUUGUCUGAUCAACUCAAGCAGAAAGUGAACCAAGAGAGUUUGGAGGCAAUGAUCUCACAUAUCUCAGCUUUAUCAGACAAAUUUGAGACUCUCAUGGUGAAAUUGCAAAAUGACCUCCACAUGAAUUUCUGCAAAGAAAUACAGGCAUGUGCAAUAUCGUGCAGCAUGAUGAUUUCCGAACAAACACGAGCAACUGAUUCCAUUAAUGGGCCUAAGGUUGGCAGCCGUCAUGCUUCUCAUCAGGAAGUUCAGUAUCCAAACAAUGCAAAAGGUCACCUGAAAGAACAGCAAAAAGUCCUAGAGCUGAAGGCUGGAACGGGAGGCUGGAUAUCAGUCAAAUCAGAACGAGCAACCCGGGCCAUUGGAAAUCUUACGAGGAACGACCAAUUAAAAAAAUCUCUGAAUCAAAUGGAAAGCAAAGUUGUCAUCGACUCGGAUGAAGAAACUGAUGAAGGUUUUUCCUGUUUGCUCAACGGAAACGGAACAGAUAUGGAUGAAUACUCGGUGGAGGAAGCCAUGCAAGAAACUGCACGUAUUCUGAGGAAGGCAAGGAGGAGAAAGAGAAAACGUCGCGAUACCAUCGUUAUAGACUAAAGGGGAUCAAAUGAAAGUCCUGAAUUUGACAUAAAGUCUACCUCACUAUUCCUUCUCAGGUGUGUUUUUUGUGUCUCAAAUUUAUGUCAGUUAUGUGCUCCUCCUAAUCCAUCGGUUUAUAUUCCAUUCAUCUUUCUCGUAUAUAUUGAGACAUUGGACUACUUUUCUGCAAACAAUGUAAUUUGAUUGUAACAUAUUCUGGUCAUGGUAGAAUAAACUGGUGCUAUCCAACUUCCAGUGUGCUGAUAAACAGUCAUAUUUUCUUAAAAAAAUUGUAUACUUAUGUAAUGAAAUA